UUCGCUUAUAUGUAGCAACCAAGCAAACUGCGGGUUACUUUAAAAAACAGACAAUACGAAGAAGUGGGUUUGUGGUUUCGAACCCACCCUUAAAUCACGUGUUGCGUUUCCAUAGUCACGUCACAUGGGCUCCACCAUGUUGUAGGAAACCCGCCGCUGCUCCUCACUCACUGCCAGAUUAGAGUUUAAUCCGAGGAGGAGGAGGAGGAGGAGGUGGAGGAGGAUACUCUGUCAAGACGCUGUCUGCAUCUCGGGAGGACUUGCGCUCUUUAUGCAUUCAGAAUAAUCGCGAUUCGCGUGCUGCUGUCACUGUUUCCUUCAACGAGCGCCCUGCACACUGAAGAUGAAACGCCAGUCUUCCGCUGCUGUCUUUGCCUGUCCGCCGACUUGCCAAUACGUUAAGAUGUUAGCUGGCUAACUAGCUGAAAAAGAGUAACUAAAUCGGAUUAGCUGCUAACGGCAGCCUCCCUCUGGGUAACAACCGGGUAUUAUUUGCUGCGCUUGACAAAUAUAGACCAUCAAGCGCUUGUCAGUGUUUGCGUUAAUUGUAUUUCUACGACAGUGUCAAAAUUCCUAUUUUGUGCUUUAGUUAUUCGCUAGUGUUAAUGUUUCUGCAAGCUAGCUACGUUAUUAGCUAGUCAAACCACAACAAAAGCUGGACCUCUGUCGUUCUCUAGUCUGUACAGUUCGUUAGGGAGGGCGAACAUAGAAGUAGUAGUGCCUCUGAACCCCCACCCCCCCAGCCGAAAGUCAAGACGGAGGUGACGGCCAGACUUGGGUGCUAGCUGGUCCUGAGGCUAGCGGGCUGAGAAGUGUUCGAGAUUUAAGCCCCGACACAUUAGCGUUCAGUGGAAACAUGUCAGGAAAGGAUAAAGACAAGCCGGAGAAACAGUCCACAACGGAACGGCUCAUAAAAGCUGUGCCAUACCCUCCACAACAUAAACUGACUAUGAAAGAGCUGUAUGAAGAUGGCAAGCCCAAUGCUGAGCUGCUCCGCAACCACCUCGUCAAGGAGGGCCGCGUGGAAGAGGACGUGGCUCUCAAGAUCAUCAAUGACGGCGCCAACAUCCUCCGUCAAGAGAAGUGCAUGCUGGAGGUGGAGGCACCUAUUACAGUAUGUGGAGAUGUACACGGACAGUUCUUUGACCUUAUGAAGUUGUUUGAAGUCGGAGGCUCACCGAGUAAUACACGCUAUCUUUUCCUUGGUGACUACGUAGAUCGAGGGUACUUCAGUAUUGAGUGCGUUCUCUACCUCUGGUCUCUCAAGAUCAACCACCCCACCACACUCUUCCUGCUGCGUGGGAACCAUGAGUGCCGGCACCUCACCGAGUAUUUCACCUUCAAACAGGAAUGUAAAAUUAAAUACUCUGAACGGGUGUAUGACGCCUGCAUGGAGGCCUUUGACUGCCUGCCCCUUGCUGCCCUACUCAACCAGCAGUUCCUGUGUGUACAUGGCGGACUCUCACCAGAAAUCAACUGCCUAGAUGACAUAAGAAAAUUAGACAGAUUUAAAGAGCCUCCAGCAUUCGGGCCAAUGUGCGACCUGAUUUGGGCAGACCCUGGUGAGGACUACGGCAGUGAAAAAACAUCAGAACAUUUCAACCACAACUCCGUGAGAGGCUGCUCUUACUUUUUCAGUUACUCAGCAGUCUGUGACUUUUUGGUAAAUAAUAACUUGCUGUCGGUAAUAAGAGCCCAUGAAGCACAGGAUGCAGGGUAUCGGAUGUACAGAAAAAGCCAGACCACAGGUUUCCCUUCGUUAAUCACAAUCUUUUCAGCUCCAAAUUACCUAGAUGUCUACAACAACAAAGCUGCUGUAUUAAAAUACGAGAACAACGUGAUGAACAUCCGACAGUUCAACUGCUCCCCGCACCCUUACUGGUUGCCCAACUUUAUGGAUGUCUUCACGUGGUCUCUGCCUUUUGUUGGAGAGAAGGUGACGGAGAUGCUGGUGAAUGUACUCAACAUUUGCUCAGACGAUGAGCUCAUGUCAGAGGGAGACGACCUGUAUGAAGGCGGCACCUCAGCGAUGCGUAAGGAGGUUAUUCGGAACAAGAUUCGUGCCGUGGGAAAAAUGGCCCGAGUCUUCGCAGUUCUCAGGGAGGAAAGUGAGAGUGUGUUAACACUCAAAGGCCUGACCCCAACUGGAACUCUUCCAGUGGGAGUGUUGUCUGGGGGAAAGCAGACCUUACAAAGCGCAAUUCAAGGCUUUUCUCCCACGAGGAAAAUUCGCAACUUCGAGGAGGCGCGUGGCCUAGACAGGAUAAACGAGAGGAUGCCUCCGCGCAAAGAUGGCCAGCAGCCAGAUGGAACCACAAUCAACACCAACACCCCCAACAAGAACGGCACUGAUGGAUAGGCAACUGAAACACUACCCUGCCAUCUUUACACAGCCCACACCACCUGAGUCAUAGCCCCCAACUGCUCUCUCUCGCUGUCUCUCUCUCUCUGUCUUCAUCUGUCUCCUCUGCUGAAGCUGCCUGUCCAUCAUCUGCUCGCCCACAGCCGGGCAGUGAAUGGAAGCAGAAACAUCAGUGGAUAAAAACAAAAGGAGCCGCAGUGCUGGGAAAGCACUACCCAGCUGCUCAAGAAAAGACAAACAUUUGACUCUUUUAUUUAUUAAAAAUAAAACCUAUUAGAUAUAUUGUGUUAUAGCAAGAAAUUACUGAAUGAAGACAUUUUACAGUCGAAAUGUAUUCUGUACACUGAAGCUAUACAUGUCGAAACGAUUAAAAAAACCAAAACAAAACAAAAACCAGGAUUUUAUAAAUUGAAGUUGGUACCAGUAGAUGAAGAUGAGUUUUUAGUCAUGUUAAGUUUGUUUUUUGAACUGUUGUUCUUCGUGUGUUUGAUAAGGGAAAGUACAAAUGCUGUAGCCUCAUCUGGGUCUCGCGAGAUUCUUGCCGAGACAUUUUGGACACUUGAGGUUCUACAUACAGUAUGCCUAUAUCUACAUCAGUCAAAAGAUAAAUUGCAUAUGUAUUAAAAAAUAUGAAGGGAAAGAACUAUUAAAUUCUAUCUUAUCUAAUAUUAAUAAUUAAAAAAAAAAAGUAAAAAUUUCUAUGUGAAGACUUAUGUCUUUAAGACUUUGUCUUAUUUAUACAUUUUGAAGCCCUAAAGGUGGUUGUUUUUUGUAAAGUAUUUUGUUCACUUCCAGAGGAAACCUUUUCCUGUAUUAUGAUUUGUAAAUGACACGGUUAAAGUGAAGGAUUAACUCUU